UCCAUUCCAGAUCAUUGUCGCCAGGUAGAGAGGAACGUUGAAAGGACAUCGUAUAAUUCGCUACCAUAUUCACGCCUCAAACUCUUGACUGUUUCUAUAGGCUGACGAAAUAUUUCUCGCCGUUAAAGGGAUUCCGUACGUUGGAACAAAAAGUCUUGCUACUUGGUUGACUCUGCGAGGUGUGUUUGUUUGUUGAUCUCGCCGAAAGUUACAAAAAUGCUUCACAAGUUCACAGUCGUUUUCAUUGUUCUAAGUUUUGUCCAGUGUAAAUCCAAAAAUACAGGUGAAUUUUUCACGGAGACAGGACGUCGCGAAGUAUCAAGUGGCGAUGGCAGUGGUGGCGAUAGCGAAAAGACUGAUUUCAGCACAUGGCUUAAAAGUCAGAACAAUGACGAUGAUGACGGCAGUGGUAACUAUGGCAGCGGCACCGACCUAGAUACAAGCAGCGGCCUUCCAGAACCAAAAUGUGAUAGAAAGCUGGAUAUUGGUUUCAUUUUGGAUGGUUCAGAAAGUAUAGGACCCAUUGGUUUCAGAAAGAUCAAGGCGUACGCUAAAGAAAUUUUGAACAAGUUUGAAUUGUCGAAUUGUGACAACGUCGGAAUUAUCAGAUUCUCUGAUUAUGCGCACUCUGAAACCUAUCUGAAGGUUCCUCGUACGAAAGCGGAAAUUUUUCAUCGCAUCGACGCUAUAGAAGGACCAAGCGCAUUUCAACCUUUAGAGGUAAAUCGUUCAAGGAUUCCUUUAGCGUUACUGGUCGCCGAAGAACUUUUUUUCACUUCACAACUUGGAUCAAGACACCAUUCUAAAAAACUUCUUGUGGUGAUGACAGAUGGAAAGCAGCCAGAAAUAGGAAUCUCUAACAGAACUUUAACGACCGAGAAUCUUGUAAAAAAACUCAUCAAGAAAGGUGUUCGUAUUCUUGUUUUGGCCAUUGGAGAUGAUCCUGACGUUGGAGAACUUUUGAAGUUAUCAUCCCAUGAAAAAGAUGUUUUUCCUGAAAGGAGACUUGAAGAUCUAAAGAAUAUUCUCGUUCCAACUUCUGAAAACCUGGACUCCAACUCCCAAAAUUCCAUUGAUGACGAUUUCUUUGUAAAUAUAGACGUGGAAAGCAAUGAUAAUGAUUAUACUUUUAAUUUUAUAUAAACUAAAGAACGGCUGAAGACUCAUUCGUAUAAGCACAAGUUGUUAAGAAGAUGAAAUUGAAUUAUCUUUUUUCCUGUUUUAUAUCAAGUACACAGCAUUAAAAUUUCCUUUCAUUUGA